GUGGAAGAAUAUGUACAAUGAGUGAGCUAGGCUCAGAUGGAAGCCCUGGAAGGCAGAGGCGAUCCACGGAAAGGAGCAGAGAGAACAUCCGAGAAUACGUCAAGCUCCUGAGUCGGAAGGUGACUGGGUCGCCCUCUGGUCAUCGAACCUCAAGACUCCUCAGGGAGGUCAAAAUGUCAGAUGGGGGUUCAGGUCACAAGUCCAAGUCAGAGGGUGACACCUCUACUUCUACCUCCCCAGCUCACAUGAAAAUUUCCAGUAAGAACCAGGAAAUUGUUAAAGAGAAGCAGCUCAAAAAGGGCAUUAUGCAAACCAAGAAAAUGAAAUCCAAGAAGAAUUCUGGGUCAGGUAGUGUAUCAGUUUCUGGAAAAACUGAAGUGGGUGUAAAGGGCGAAGAUACAGAUGAGGCUGAAAAGUCAGGUGUUUUAACAAAAGUUAAUACAUCUAAGGAAAAAUUAACAAUGCCAGUACUGAAAAGUGCAAGAACUCAAGAUAGGGAUAUUGAGCCUUCAACCAGCAAGGAUGUUAGUAAAUUAGAGAGUGCAGAUAACUCUGUGGAGAAUGAAUCUGACAUUGACAGCAUUAGUUGCUU